UUGGGUAGUUUGCACAUGCGCACACGGAUUGUUUUGUAGGAGAUCCAAAAUGGCGGAGGGUAUCACGGAUCUGCGGCAGAAACUGCAGAAUAGAGAUCGUCUGCCGCAGAGACUCACCAUGCAGGCCAGUAGGAAGCGCCGACGGAGUGCAGACGACUUGGAGUUUGAGCAGGCCAGGCCGGAGCCCGGUAUAAGUGACAGGUCCGCCAGACAGAAGGACUUCACAUCGCCACCCAAGGAUCGGCAAGACGAGCUGCGCAGAAUCCACCAGGGCAUCCGUCAGCGCAUUCUUUUUUCACACGAGGAAUGUGAGAAAAUUGAGGAAAAGAUUGAGGAAAUCAUUUUGCGGGCAGACAGGGGGUACUAUAAGGAGCAUACUGUUGACAGAGCACCGCUAAGAGUCAAGUACUUCUUUGGCGAGGGCUACACGUACGGGUCCCAAUUGGAGAGGAAGGGGCCCGGCAUGGAGAGACUAUACUCUAAAGGCGACGUCGAUGACAUCCCGGACUGGAUUUUCAAAAUGGUGGUCAGUAGGUUGGUCGAAGCCAAGAUCGUACCAGAAGGCUUUGUGAACAGCGCUGUUAUUAACUGUUACUUGCCGGGAGGCUGUAUCGUGUCGCAUAUCGACCCGCCACACAUCUUUGCCCGGCCAAUCGUGUCCGUGUCCUUCUUCAGCGACAGUGCGCUGUGUUUCGGCUGCAAGUUCAGCUUCAAGCCCAUCCGAGUCUCCAAGCCCGUCUUGUGUCUUCCUGUUGCCAGAGGCUGCUGCACGGUACUUAGUGACUAUGCAGCAGAUGAGAUCACUCACUGUGUGCGGCCACAGGACAUCAAACACCGACGAGCAGUCAUCAUUCUCAGACGUGUUCGUGACGAUGCACCCCGCCUGGCUCCCACCACAGAGGUACAGAUGGUACAUGUCAAUCAUGAUAGAAGAGAGGAGGACAACAGAACCAGCACAGAUGACAGACUGAGUACAUUUCAUUCAGAUUCAAGCUACAAACAUGGCAACUUGCAAUCAAUGAAUCGUAUUGUCAUCAAAGGCCCCAAACUGGAUGUGAACCAUAUCAGCCCCAGGGAGAAGAUAUCCACAGAUGAGAGGCACCAGGCCACACCUGAGAGGCACCCGCCCACACCUGAGCGACAUGUGGUGUCCCAUCUCAGCACCACCUCCUCACAUCGCAGGGUCAAGUUAUACAGGCCUAAACAUCAGUAGUUAUAGAAACAUGUUUAUAACUAAAGGUCACACAGCCUUGUUCAACAUAACUGAUAUUAAUAUUCAUAAUGUACUCUUCAUCUUACAUUCUGGUUAAGAUGACUGUUUUGUAACUCCUAGAUUUAAAAGUUUUUUAAAAUACUUCAUUCUUUUUUUUUAUUAUUAUUAUGGUAACAUCUCAGUUUUCAGUCAUUCUAGUAAAGAUGUGUUGAAAACCACGCAGACAUUUGUUGUGCAUUUCUAUAGAUUCUUACAUACGGCAACUUCUAUGGUAGCUAAUUCUAAAGUCAUGUUCUACAUAGCCAUUUGCUAGGUUGUGUUAACAAUUGUUGUAGAGGAAAUCCUGUUUUCCCCUCUACCAAACUAUUCAACAGAUACAUGAAUGUGUGUUACUGUUUUCUUUCAACAAAUGCGGUUACAAAGGCACAUUUUUACAACCAACAGUGGAAAGAACACCUACAUUAUAGAAGUAUAUCAUUAUAGAAGAUGUAACAUUUUCAACUAGUGCUGUUGUAACUGUACACCAAGUGUAAGGGAAGAAGAAAAUUAUUGAAAUGGAAUGUGUAACUGUUGAAAGGAAUCUUAUUGAACAAAAAGUGUGGAAGUAGCUGAAAUGGGCAUAUUCUUGGUCCUUUCAGUGGUGGGUCCUGUGGAAGGUCUACAUCAAAGUAUGUGAUGUCAUCAGGCACAAAUACCAUGUCAACCCAAACAAAUGUACUGAAUAGUUUCUUAAGACUUUAAGUGUCACUGUUUUUCCUUGUGACACAGAAUAUAUUCUAGUAUGUGUAUCACAGAAUUUUCACACAAUGCAUGUUAUACUUCCAGGAAGAUUGGUAAACUAGAGUUUCACUUUGAUGUGUGACUUGCGUGUUAAGUAAACUGUACAGCCAUAUAAAGUAUAGAGGCUGUUCCCAAUAUAGUUUGACCCAUGGAGAUUACACUAAUUUUAAGCAAGCUAUUUCCACAUCAACUUUCCAAGCUGAACAUUAAAACAAGAGUUUGACAGCCC